GAAUUAUCAAAAUCUCCUUUAAGCCUCCCUGCUUCAAUUGCAUUGUAUUUAAACAGCUCAUUCUUACUAGCUGAUAUACAAUGACCAGAGUUUGGUUUAUCACUGGAUGCUCUCGUGGCCUCGGCCUCGCCAUAGCUGAAGCUGCGCUCAACGCUGGAGAUUCUGUCAUCGCAACUGCCCGAAGGCCAGAGCAACUCGCAGGUCUGGCAGAAAAAUAUGGCGGCGAAAGAGUCUUUGUCCUAGCUCUAGACGUCAGCGACAACGACCAAGUGAUCAAGGCUGUGAAGGCUGGACAUGACAGGUUUGGCCGAAUUGACAUCGUCGUCAAUAACGCAGGGUACGCCAACUCAGUCGCUAUCGAGGAUAUAGAUAUCGAUGACUUCCGGGCCCAAGUAGAUGCGAAUCUCUUCGGGGUUGUGUACGUUUCGAAGGCGGUCAUACCCAUCCUUCGUCAGCAAAAGUCCGGCCACAUAUUCCAGAUUUCCUCGGUUGGUGGACGACUCGGCGUGCCGGGUCUCUCAGCAUACCAAUGUGCAAAAUGGGCAGUUGGAGGUUUCUCGACCGUGCUUGCGCGAGAGGUGGCACCGUUCGGCAUCAAUGUCACCGUGGUGGAGCCUGGUGGCAUGAAGACUGACUGGGCUGGCUCGUCAAUGCAAAUUCCCCCAGUGAGCGAACCGUACAAGAGUACCGUGGGCUAUAUGGCCGAUAUGCGCCGGGAAAAUUUAGGAAAUGAACCAUCCAUACCAAGAAAGGUCGCAAACAUUAUUCUUAGGUUGUCGAAUGAAGAGGAACCUCCGCUACGACUUUUGAUUGGCCCUGAUGCGGUUGAACAUGCCGCAAAGGCGGCUGAGGUUCUCGCAACAUCCGACGCAAAGUGGCGUACGUUGAGUGUUUCUUCAACUUAGCGCAGUCUUCCCAAGCUGCUUCUCGAGAGCAUUGCCAUCAUUGCAAAACAGGUCAAUUUUGGUGUAAGAAGGAUGGCUGAAAGCAAUAGGGAACAUAUACAGUCCCGUGAUUUCUGACCGAAAGGAUCGUGGU